AUGUUGUUCAAUCACAGCGCUAAAUGGUUUAAAAAAAGAAAAACGGUAUUAGCCACAUUUCACAUGAAGAUACUACAGACAUAUGUGCCUCAGUUAUAUGAGAACAGUUUGGAUCUAGUGAAGCGACUUGGUGAUAACAGCAACAAGCGAUUCAAUUUCUAUAAAUACUUAUCGAUGAUAGACAUGUCGUUAUUAUCGGAUCUGUUGUUCAGAUUUUCGAAACUCGCCAAGCUGCAGCAAAAGUUGCUCUGCACUGCCCACUCGGUGGCGGGGAUAGUGAUCCAAGUGAAAUGGAAGGGCAUCGAAGAAAAGCAGAUUAAAAAUAGACAUCAAAACGAGACAGAAAAUUUAACCAAGGAUACAGAGGACAGCAUGAACACAAUCAAUUACAAG